AUGGGCGAUUUGAAUCCCACAAUUGACUGGAGCGCAGUGGAGUGCUUGAAUCAGAAGCCAGGACAUGGCAUCGAUUUUGCUUUGAAGCAGGGCCUCCGGGAGGACGAUGGGCUGUACCUGGAGAGCGACACAGACGAGCAGCUGCUCAUACACAUCCCCUUCAACACCGCCUGCAAGCUCUCCGGCUUUGCCCCCAAGCGGGUCAAGCUCUUUGUGAACCGGCCAACCAUCGGGUUCAGCGAGGCGGCAGACAGCGCGGGCGUGCAGGAGUUUGACUUGACAGAAGCGGACCUGGAGGGGCAGCAGCUGCCGCUCAAGUGGGUCAACGUGCUGACUGUGUUCAUAGAGAGCAACCAGGGGGACGAGGAGACCACGAUAGUGCAGAAGGUGGCGGUGUUUGGGUCGGGCGGCGACACAUUCAAUGUGGCGGAAAUCAAGGAUGUCUCAAAGGCCAGGAGCGGCGCUGGUGCUUGGCGGUAG